CCUAACAUUAUCUCUUUUGGCUGCUCUCAGAUUACUUAACAAAGCUUUUGCAUCCUUCGAAACUUUGAGAAUCCCUUGGGAGUUUGAUGGCUUGGUUUGUAGAACAUGUGAUAUCUGUACAAUACAACAAUUCUAAGCGUGUUGGAAGGCACCGAAUCAAAGUCUUUCCAUUUGGCUCUGGCUCCCUCCAUGCUCCAGCUAGCCACCAGGGACUAGCACUUGUUUCUUGAGGAAUAACUGAACUCAUUCCUGGCAUCUGGGAUCAUCUCCCUUAAAAAAUGGGUACCUGGGUAAGCAACGGACGACACUCAUUCCUUAUUCCUUUUAUCCCUUUCUUGUUUCUAUAAAGAUGUAAAUUAUAUUUCUUUCUACGGGAAGUUGAUUGUUUUCUCGACAUGAUUCUGGGGAAUGUAAGAUUGUUUUCUUGGUUUUCUAUGUUGCAUCAUCAGGGACCUUUAGAACACCAAAGCCUUGUGGAUGCAUAUGGCAACAGAACAUGGUAUCU